UAUACUGCUCUCGACCACGAGUGCACGAGUUCUCAGCUCGACGUCUGGUGCGUGUGUUGCGACAAGUAUCCAAUCGAAUAUAAAAUUCGAAUUCAGGGUUUGGUGCAUCGAUUUGACAAGGAGAUUCAAGCAGUAUGGCACCGAAAAAGGUUGAAGAGCCAGAGAAGAAGCCACUUAUCGGACGCGUGGGUACGAACCUGAAAGUCGGCAUCGUCGGUAUUCCAAAUGUUGGAAAAUCAACGUUCUUCAAUGUACUGACCAAGAGCCAGGCCGCCGCUGAAAACUUUCCCUUCUGCACCAUUGAUCCCAAUGAGAGUAGGGUACCCGUUCCAGACGAGCGUUUUGACUACCUUUGCAACUACUACAAACCUGCAAGCAAAGUUCCAGCCUUUCUGAACGUUGUUGAUAUAGCUGGUCUAGUCAAAGGCGCCGCUGAGGGACAAGGUCUGGGUAACGCUUUUCUGUCACACAUCAGCGCCUGCGAUGGUAUUUUCCAUCUGUGCCGUGCAUUCGAAGACGACGAUGUUACUCACAUCGAGGGCGACGUAAAUCCCGUAAGAGAUUUGGAAAUUAUUAGUGAAGAACUGAGGCUCAAAGACAUUGAAUUUCUCACUGGACAUUUAGAAAAAUUAGAGAAGUUAGUGGUCAGGGGCAACGACAAGAAACUGAAACCCGAAUACGAUACAUUACUCAAAGUCAAGUCUGUUGUGGUGGAUGAGAAGAAACACAUCCGAUUUGCCGACUGGAGCGUCAAUGACAUCGAAGUACUCAAUAAAUAUCUAUUUCUCACAUCGAAGCCUGUGAUUUACCUCGUAAAUCUUUCUGAGAAGGACUACAUCCGCAAGAAAAACAAAUGGUUGAUCAAAAUCAAAGAAUGGGUAGACAAGAACGAUCCCGGCGCAAUGCUCAUACCUUUCAGCGGUGUAUUCGAGAACAAAUUGUUCGAUAUGGAGGAGUCAGAACGAGCUCAAUUCAUCGAAGAGAGCAAAGUUUCAAGUGCCCUGGAUAAAAUUAUCGUGCAAGGAUAUAAAGCUCUGCAAUUGCAGUACUUCUUUACUGCUGGACACGAUGAAGUAAAAGCUUGGACAAUUCAGAAAGGAACUAAAGCACCACAGGCUGCUGGUAGAAUUCAUACAGAUUUUGAAAAAGGUUUCAUCAUGGCUGAAGUAAUGAAAUUCGAAGAUUUCAAAAACGAAGGCACAGAAGCAGCGGUCAAGGCUGCUGGAAAAUACAGGCAACAGGGGCGAAAUUACGUCGUAGAAGAUGGAGACAUAAUAUUUUUCAAGUUCAAUGCGGGUGCUGGUCUCAAAGACGCCAAAAAGAAGUGAUAUAACAAAAAUUUUGUACGGUUUUUCUAUGCCCGAAAAAUUCCAACUUUUUUUAAACAUAUACACUUGUCAUCUGUUUGUGAAGUAAAAUGCUAACAGUUACACUAACCCCUUGGUGAACGUUAUAAAUCCUGAAAUUUUGAAGAUUGUUAUUAAAUUCUAUAAAACAAAUUG